AUGGAAAAAAAGAACAUCAAUGAUCAGCCAUUCGAUUAUAGAGUGGAACAUAUAUUUCAUAAAGUGUUCGUAGAUUCCCCUAGUCUAUCUUCAUUGUCUUCAUUCACACUUGUUUUGCAUAUAAUUUGGCAGGGAAAUGAGCUUCAUAGCCAGGGAAAGUACAAUGAUGCCUUGCAGAAGUACUGUCUUGCAAAAAAGAACCUAAAAGGCAUUCCAUCAUCGAAAGGUCAAGCACUACAGUUGGCAUGCUCACUAAACUUGAUGUCAUGUUACUUGAAAACAAAGCAGUUUGAUGAAUGCAUAAAAGAAGGUUCUGAGGUAUUGGGAUAUGAUGUGAAGAAUGUGAAAGCACUUUACCGGAGAGGUCAAGCAUAUAAAGAACUAGGUCAACUACAAGAUGCUGUCUCUGAUCUUAUCAAGGCUCAUGAAGUUUCUCCUGAUGAUGAAACAAUUGCAGAGGUCUUGAGGGAUGCUGAGGAAAGAUUACUGAAGGAGGGAGGUGCACGUGCACCAAGAGGCUUAGUAAUUGAAGAGAUAAAUGAAGAUGAGAGUGCAACUUCUUAUGACAUUAAACGUUCAUCAACACAGUGUUCAGUCACACAAUCAGGAGACAUCAGUGACUCAGGUAAAACAGAGAGAGUGUCUUCCAAUGGUGGUCUGUCAACCAAUUCUGAGCAUUUGCAGGCUUUAAAAAAUGACCCUGAAGCUAUUAGGUUGGUAACUUGGUAUUUUCAUAUCGAAUGUUAGAAGUAGGUCUUAUUG